UCCAUUUUCACAGGAUCUCUGCAAGCGCACCCUCCCCACCAAUCGCGUGUCGCCAUUCCUUAUCAACCCCACGAUUUACAACGUGAAUUGCAUAUCGAUUGUGUUGGGCCUGAGUGCGGCUCUUUUUCGCCUGCUCCUCCCAAACACACUCGAUGCACGAGUUGCUCCUCUACGGCCAGGUGUCAGCCGCACGCCAUGAUCAAGUUUUGAAGAUUCUGGCGGGGGUUGCUGCCAUGCAGCCCCGCCGCAUACUCCAGCGGCGCAUCCUCUACAGGCCUGAGCGUGAGCCCGAAGAGCCUGGUUCUCACUUGCGGCGUGGUGGCACACAGGCAGUUGCUGUCAAGCAGAAGCAACAAGCAACUACGCCAACACAGCUCUACUAUACCCAAUUAGUGCAGAAGCUCUCAGACGAGGAUUUUGGCAAAGGUGACAGUGAAGCAAGUGACACUUUGUCUGCCGACGUGGACUUUGAGGGCGGCGAAGAACCAAAAUGGUCGACUCUGUUCGAGGACAUACCAGACACUGGCGAUAGAGGGGUAUCGAUACGCUUCACCAACAGCACUGAUCUCAUUGGAGGCGACCCUCACACCUUCAUGGCUACAUCAGGGCCUAAUUGUUUUGUAACCGAGUACUACAUUGAGGGACACCGCUUCGUCCACCGCAACGUCGUUAUCUUCCUUCAUCGAGUGCUUCACGAGCCCGGCGUCCGGAACUUGCAGACGGAGCCAAAAGUCAAGCCCCCAGCGUUUGAAGCCUUGCAGUUACUGGAUCAGAGCGGCACGUACAUACUUGAGGCAAAAGUGCGCGUACAAGAUUUCAAGGACGCAUCUGUGCUGGAGUCUGGUGUCGGUGAGCUGAAGGCUUUCCAAACAUCAAUGAAGGGCUGCGUUGAACUAUCACUCCCCGAUCGUCUUACCAUGGACACAAGGGUCAAGUACAAGCCUCCACCAGGGGUUGUUACGACGGCUCAGGUACAACAAGCGAAGGCUCAAGCGCAGGGGCUUGCUUAGGACCGGGAAGGUAAUUCCAAGCAUCAUCAGCCGGAUGCAUAGGCUGAGAAGCUGUGCCAAAAAACCGUGUCCAAAGAUACCAUGUUUAGGCAAAAGUAAAACAGAAUUGGAGGAAUGGAACACGCCUAGAUUCUCCGGAUGUUCCUUUCCACUGCAUAUUCACCUCAAUUCACAUAGGAAGCAAGUCCAACACGCAGUGAUUCGACUAUGCAAGGCUGAUCACACCCCUGGAAAGUUAGAAUGAGAGGUUGUAAAUUUUUGUGACAACAAAGUUCUCAGGGACGAACCUUGAAGCUUAAUUUACAAGUUAUGCAACAUCGCCGUCGUCUAGAACCC